UGUUUUUUAUUCGAAUUUGAUCCUUGAUCGAUGUUUGUUUGUUUAAUUGCUGGCUUCAGCAAGUCUUUUUUUAAUUAAGAGGAGGGCGGCAAGUGGUAUUGAUAUGUCGAGGAAGCAUUGUGUGAUACGAUAAGUGUGUUUUAUGUAAUAGCACCGUGUUGUUUAGUUAUACUUUUUUUUUUUGAAAGAUAAGGUGUAGACUUGAUCCCCCCCACCAAAGGUUAUUGAUAAACACUAAUUAAUUACUGAUUUUAUAUAAAUUAAUUACUGAAAUACUGACCAAACACACACACACACACACACACACACACACACACACACGUGCCUAUCUUAUCUUUUUAUCCUUGGAUUAUUUUUUUAAAGUGAUAGUAAUCUGUUAUUACUAUUUAAAUUUGUUUCAUUGUCGAUGAUAAGAUUUUGAAGAAACUAGAUUUAAUUAAUUCGAAUUAAAUUAAACUUCAUCAAAUAUUUCGCCUGUAAUAUCAAAAACAGUAAGUUUUGUUGCCUUGGCAAUUUAUUUCGUCUUCGCCAGGUUGUGAUAUUUUUGUAAACAUCAGCGAAUAACCAAUGUUUGCAAUUAAAACAGAAUUUUUCGUAUGAAAGAAGACAGACUUCUUCGUAAGAAUUAAUUUUCUUCGCUACCCUUAUAACAUUAAUUUAUUGGCAUUCGUUCGGUAUUGGUCUACAUAUAUUCCGCGAGAGGAAAACCACUUUAUUCACCCUCUUCAACUUAGCCUCCAAGGAAAGUUGUUUGGAUGAAUGAUGCCGUGUACUAAUAUCGGAAGGCUGCCAAUUUAUUUGUGAUUUAUUUGUAACUGUGGCUAGUUUUAUUGGUUUUAUUGCACGGGUUGAAUAUGUUUAAGGCACUAAGAUUUUCUUUUAAAACUUUGACACGGCGGAAGGAAGUUGUAAAAUUAGUACAAGACAUAGGGUUGGAAGUGACAUCGUAUCGUUGCUAGGGCUCGUCAUAUUGAACAUGCCGACGUAUAAAUUUACAGCAAUGAAGAAGAAGUCAAAUAUAGUUAAGACGAAGGGUGGAGACGGAAGUGUCCAGCCGACAUUAUUCCAGACUUGGGGUGCGAAAAGUACCGUCUCGACAUCGAAUUUCAGCAAUGGUGUAUCUACCGUCGAUAAUAUUACGAUAGUCAGUGACGACGAAGAUGACAUUUUGGUACAAGCGUUGGAAUCUAGUCAAGGUAGGACGACAUCGCCACCCGGAAACACGACGCAUUCAGCUGGCGGUGCUCCCGACAGCGGUGGAGAGAUCGAUUUGGAAAGUAUUCCUGAUUUGCCAGGCUUUAACAAGUUUGCCGGUUGCGUUUGGAUCUACCCGACUAACUACCCCGUUCGACAGUACCAGUUUGACAUCGCGAAGGAAGCUCUGUUCACGAACACGUUGGUAGUCUUACCAACAGGUCUAGGAAAGACGUUUAUCGCUGCCGUCGUCAUGUUCAACUUCUACCGUUGGUACUCCUCUGCAAAGGUUGUUUUCAUGGCACCAACUAAACCGUUAGUGGCUCAACAAAUUGAAGCUUGUUAUAACAUCAUGGGAAUUCCACAAGACGACAUGUCUGAAAUGACAGGUAAAAUGUUGCCAGCAUUACGCAAACGAAUGUGGAAAGAGAAGCGAGUAAUAUUCCUCACUCCCCAGGUAUUGGUGAACGAUUUGACUCGUGGCACUUGUGAGCCGGAAUCAAUCAAGUGUGUCGUUGUGGAUGAAGCCCACAAGUCUUUGGGCAACCAUGCCUACUGUCAGGUUAUGCGAGAACUUGUGAAGAAGACCAGGGAUUUCCGAGUGUUGGCGUUGAGUGCGACUCCAGGCAAUAAUUUAAAGAUGGUGCAAGAGGUGUUGACAAAUCUGUUGAUUUCCCAUGUGGCCAUAAGAAUGGAGGAGAGUCCUGAUGUGAAGAUCUACUCAAACGAGCGUAAAGUCGAAAAGAUUGUCGUGCCCCUGGGAUCAGAAAUUGAUGCGAUCGAUAAGAAAUAUGUUGAGGUCCUGGAAUCAGUGAUGCACCGGUUGAUGUGUCGAAAGUUGCUCUACCGAGUCACUGCUCAAACUGUGUCCAAGUUUACUGUACUCAAGGCUCGGGAUGCUUUCAGACAGAAACCUCCUCAAAACCUCUCGCCCAGCAUGAUGGGGAGUAUUGAGGGAGACUUUGGUCUGUUAAUAAGUCUUUGCCAUGGCCACGAGUUGCUACAGCUCCACGGUCUACGUUCCUUCUACCAGUAUAUAGCCAAUAUGAUGGACACCGGCAGUGGCAGGUCACGACAGGAGCUUUUCAAGAAUCCAGCAUUUGUUGAGAUUUACGAACAACUUCAGAAAGAAUAUGGAGGACAGAAUAUAUCUUUCACCCAAAUGUCAACACAGCAGAAGGCCGUUCCCUAUGUCCUUGGUCAUCCCAAGUUAGAAAAGUUGUUGGAAAUUGUGGUCAGUCAUUUCAAGAAUUUCCAAAAAGAGAAUGAUAACCUGGAGACCCGUGUGAUGAUUUUCUCUCAGUACCGAAACAGCGUGACUGACAUUGCUGAUAUGUUGAAACGAGAGCGACCCCUAAUUAAAGCAAUGAGUUUCAUUGGUCAGUCUGUUGGCAAGAACACGAAGGGAUUCACGCAAAAGGAACAAAUUAAGGUGAUGAAAGAGUUCCGAGAGGGGGGUUAUAACACCUUGAUUGCGACAUGCAUUGGAGAAGAAGGUCUGGACAUUGGAGAUGUGGACCUUAUAAUAUGCUUCGACACAUGCAAAAGCCCCGUUCGUUUUGUCCAAAGAAUGGGGAGAACAGGACGGAAGCGAGAUGGAAAAAUCAUAAUGCUGAUCACGAAAGGCAAAGAAGAGCAAAUGUACAACCAAGCUCGCUAUCAAUGGAAUAGUCUCAAUAAGUCUCUCAGCAACAAACGUGGACAACUGGUCUUUUAUAAUCACCAACCGAUCAUCUUUCCAGAAGGUUUGGUGCCUCGCUGUCACAAAACCAAUAUUGUUGUCAAAGAGUCAUUCCAGAGUAUACACGGUCCAAAGGAGAAGAAACUGAAGAAAUCAUCCCUGAAGAAGCAGAAGACAACAAGGUCCAAGAAAGGCAACCAAGAUAUAUCUUUGUUUACGUCGCCCGUUGUACCUAUGGUGGACACUUACCUUCAGCCAACGACAAGUGCUGCAAGCCGAGUACAGUUGGUUAACGAGCCUGGGAGGGACCGAAUGUACUCUUUACUUAGUAGCAGUAGUGAUGACAAUGACGAUGGUAACUGCGAGCGUCCGGAUCUGAAUGUCACAAACUUCAAAAGCAAAGAGAAAUUGUGUGGCAAGAAAACCUCAAAAACUUCCGGGAAGGACUCGAAGACAGCGGAGAAAACGAAGAAGAAAAGUAAGAAGGUUGUUGGUAAGAGUAAAAAUCAGAUUGAGAAGAUAUCAACGGAGUCGAAAGAGAAGAAAAAGAAGAAUAAGAAUAAGAAGAAGAAAGAAUCAUUCUCUGGUGAUGAAAUAUUAAAUGAUGAGGCUGCUGUUAGUAGCAGCCCUCGUUUUGGAAUUAGUUCUUUAUUAAACAAGCACAAUCCUGAGUAUUGUUCUGAAUCUGUCUCAGACGUGUUACUGAGCAAGGAAGCAAAUUCUGAGAUUUCUAAGGAAGCAUUAGGUAACACCAACCAUUCCCUACCAGACAUGCCAUUAUCCCCCAUCAUUUCAUCAAAUGUGCAAGGUUCAUUAUUGCAGACGAGCAAGGCUGAGAAAUCUUUACAUGGCAGUAUGGUACCGGUGGCUCCUGUCUUUGAGGCUAUUCCUAAAUUAAUCGACGAUUUUCAAAACGUCCUGUCUUCACAAUCACCAGAUUUGGACUUAGGACACCUUACAAAGAAAUGGGAUAAUGAAUUUGAAGGACUAAAGUCUUUAAGGGCAUCUGAUACGGCGGCAGAAACUCCACUUAAGGGACCAUUGGCAAUUUCUAAAAAUGUUAGUCGUAAACGAAAACUGGAAGGUGAUGAUGAUGUUGAUGAAGAUGUUAUGACUGAGUCUGAGAGAAUUGAAAAUAUUUCUGUUUUUGCACCAAAUAUAUCUGAGGAAAUGGCUGAGAAAACGGUAAAAUCAGACAAGCUUAAAAUAUCAGAGGAGAACACCUCAAAGUCAACAGCAAAAUGUCACUUGAGUACUUUAAGCUUUUGUGACAAAGACUUUUUCUCGGACUCAAGUCUUUUUCUAGAUGACGAUUUUGAUGAUUUUGAUGGAGUGGUCAAACUCUUGUCACCACAGCUGACCAAUGCGACCAACACAAAAAUCAGAACAAGCAACUCAAGAAACGCAAGUAGACUGUCCAACAGCAGCAACAGAACUAAUCGUGCGGACACAAGUGGACCCUCCAAUGUAAUCAGCAAAAUUAGUCCAAGCAAUACAACUGCGUCGUCCAACAGGAGCAGCACAACAAGUCCAGUAGACACAAACAACACAGGCAUCACAACAGGGACAACUAGACCUGUGGACACAAGCAUCACAAAUAGUCCGUCCAAUACAAACAGCACGAGCUACACAACUAUUUCUGCCAACACAAACAUCACAACUAGACCAAAUGACAAAAACAGCACAAGCAUCACAACUAUUUCUACCAACACAAGCAUCACAACUGUGCCUUCCAACACAAACAUCACAACUAGACCAAGUGACAAAAACAGCACAAGCAUCACAACUGUUUCUGCCAACAUAAACAACACAAGUGUGAAGCCGAAUUGGGUGUUCAGACAUCAGGAACCUAUCAACAAGCAGGCUAAUGCUGACAAUAAAGUUCCUGCCAAUGAGAAGAAGCUGAAUCCAGAUCCACCUUUGAGUGUUUCAAAACUGCCAACCUCCAAGAGUUCUUUGGAAUUAUGCGAAGACAACGGUGGGGAAUUGGUCGAUGAUGGAAUUUAUUUUGAUUUAAGUGCGGAUAUGUUCUCUGAUUUUGAUGAUGAUCUCAGUAAGGGAAAGAAUGACAGCAACAACAGCAACAAGCCAAGAACAUCAAGGAGCUUCCUAAAUGAUGACCGGAAUCAAUGUAUAAGAGAAGCACCAUUUUCUGGUAAAGAAACUGGCCCCUCCAAAAGGGUUUCUGGAGAUGGAGGAAUAAACUCCACUCUGGGAUGUAAACUCUCUUCACUUAUUAAUUCUAACAUGACUAUCAAAGAUUCUUCGAUAAGCAAUAAAAUUCCUGAAGACUCUCUCAACUUUGACCUUGAAUUCGACAGUGAGGACGACAACCUGUUUAAGUCAACAGACAACACUGGUCAGCAGAGUGAUUUGGUCCUAGAAGACAACGAUGUCCCUGAAUUCAGUCUUGAAUUUGACUUUGACGAUGGCAGUCCACUAACGGUAAACGAGUCGUGUUCUCCACAGGGGAACCAAUCAGAGACAGUAUUUGGCAUCAACAUGAACACCACAAACAACAGCAGAUCACAGUCUGAAGAGAGGAGUCAAAGCAGAAGUGGUAGUAAGACCAUUCCAUUCCUAAACUACUCUAUUAACUCGUCACAAAUGGUUGAGACAAUGGUUAACGAAGGAAAAGAAGGAAAGAACUCUGGACAUCUGAAGCUACCCUCAUUAACUGUUGCAGAGUCACCAUUUCAGUGCGCCUCUAGUAGGAGCAGUAUGUCAUAUGGAUCAAAUGGAAAUGUGACCCCACAGUUAUGUGGAAAGGUGACCCCAGGGCUCUAUGGAAAGGUGACCCCAGGGCCCUCUGGAAAGGUGACGCCAAAACCUCUUCAACAGCUCAAUUCUUAUUCCAAUUCCUUACAUGGUUCUGUGAAAAGCUGUCCCACCACUAACACUACUACUACUACUACUACUACUACUGCAAAUAAUGAUGAUGAUGUUGUUCAUGAUGACAAUGAUAUGAUUAUUCUUGAUGAUGAUGAUGAUGAUGAGGUUAUCAUCAAGCCUAAGAGGAGAGAUGUUAUUUUCUCUCCGUCCUCCGAUGGCUCCACACCAAGGUCAGAGGUGAAAGGUUCUGUGAAAAGCUGUCCCACCACCAACACUACUACUACUACUGCAAAUAAUGAUGAUGAUGUUGUUCAUGAUGACAAUGAUAUGAUUAUUCUUGAUGAUGAUGAUGAUGAUGAGGUUAUCAUCAAGCCUAAGAGGAGAGAUGUUAUUUUCUCUCCGUCCUCCGAUGGCUCCACACCAAGGUCAGAGGUGAAAGGUCGCCGUGGUACCAAUCCUUCAGCCACUGGGCUGCUUUCCAGUGAUUUAGACUCACCUGUGACAAUAAAUAGAGUUGAGAAUAAGAAGAGAUUUACAGGGAAAAAACGUAGAGUCAUUGAAGAUGAGUCAAAUGAGUCUGACUUUGAAAAUGAUUUCGAAGCACGUCUGUCAAAACCUGGGUUGAACAGCAAAAGAUCAACUCCGAAACCUGUUGUGGUAUCUCAAUCAAAGAGGAGGAAGAUACAAAGGAAAAAUGUCAAUGGUGGCCGACAAUUUCUUGAUGAGGAAGCAGUGGUAUCUGGAAGUGACUCGGAGUCUUCUAAUGAUGAUGAAAUUGCUAACAAAUUGGAUAAUUAUGAAGGAAGUUUCAUUGAUGACAAUUAUACAAUGGGAAGGUCACAAGUGGAUAUGAGGACUGUUUACUUGAAGUCAGUGAAAAGCCCCUUGCCCAAGCCAAACGCUUAUAAAUUACAAUACAGAUAUCAUGCAACGGAUGUGUUCUCCCAGGAGUCGGAACCUGAUGCUGACUGUUAUGAAGACGACAGCUUCUUGGAUGACAGCAGUGAAAUAUCCACCUACAAUGACACUGCAGCUACUGAAAAUGCCACCCAAGAAAUUGUGUCGAUGGCCAAAAUGGCCAAAAGUAAGGCAAAGGAUUCCAAUAAGAAGAGAAUCAUCCGUCAUUUGCAGUCGACGAGUGAGGAGGAGGAGGAGGAAGAGGAGGGGAAGAGGUUUGCGUUGAGCCUGGAUUUGCAGGAAAAGGGUCCGAAAGCCACGAAGGCUCCAUUGAAGGUAUGUGUCCUUUUAUCACAGAUUGCAGUGAUUUAA